AUGAGAAUCGGUCGAGGAUGUGAACGCUGUCGACAUCGUCAUAUUCGAUGCAUCGUCCGUCAGGGCGAAUCGGCCUGCAAUACGUGUGCCCGUCUCGAGAGGCCGUGUCGCUUGGAUCCCCCGUUUCGCUUCAAGACGGUGCGCCAUGUUUAUCAAAAAGGCAAUGGGCGGGCUUCACGGUUCGAGCUGGACUGGGAUCCGCAGCAGAGCUGGGUGGAAAUUCCGCGAUCAUUAACGUUUGUGCUAGAACCCGUCGACGAGCCGGUGGACUGGAAUCCCGAUCUCUCGCUCGACGAGGAACAAUCGUCGGAUGCGCCCGCCGUGCCUGGCGGGGAGACUUUUGCCCCUCCUUUACAGCCCCAGCGCGUGCUGGACGAGGUCGAGCUGCCUCCCGUCGACAGCACGGGUAUUGUGUCCACGCCGUCUAUGCCUGAUGAACGACAGCUCGCCACAUCCUCGGUUAUUUCGCCAUCGAUUCAAAACUGCGUGGCCUCGCCGUUGGCGUCUUCAUCGUGGACGGGGCCGGGUUCGCCAUGGAGCGCCUUUAGUCCCCGGCCUAUCUCGUCGCCGUCAUUGAGCCCGCGAGAGGCGUUUCUCUUGCGCUCUUUUAUUCAUAAGAUUGCGCCAUGGGCCGACAUAUGCGACAUGCAAUCCCACUUCACCACCGAAGUCCCCCGGCGCGCCCUGCAAGUCCCCAUGGUUCUCAAGGCCGUCCUCUCCCUCUCCGCCCGCCACGACGCCAUCAUGUCGCACGCCACCGACGUCGAAGCCUCCGAAUACCACGGCCAAUGCCUGGAACUGCUCAUCGCGGCGCUCGCCAAACCAGAAGAGUCCUACGACGACAACCUCCUCAUCACCGUCGUCAUCCUGCGCAUUUACGAGGAACUCGAGAACAGCACCGACGAGCAGUACCAUCUCUUCGGCUCGAACCGGCUGCUCAAUACCAUGUCGAAAUCAGCGUAUUCCGGCGGACUCGCGGAGGCAGUUAGUUGGCAGUUUCUGCGGCAGGCCAUCUACGCCUCAGUGGUGCAGUACCAGCCUCUCGUGCUGGACUUGGAGAAUUACGAACGAUCCGCCGUCUUCCUGCGUACCGAUGACGCUUCGUACUCGAAUAUCAUCAUCUUUCUCUGCGCGCGAAUCAUCCAGCUCUGCACGGGCCCGGACUCGCUUGCGUCCGAUGAGGGCGCGUGGAAACACCUCGCGCAGAGCGUCGAGCGCUGGCAUCGUGCUAGGCCCAUCACCUGGCAGCCACUGCGGUAUCGCUCGGCGGAUGGGUCGGAGAAUCGCCCGUUUCCGGAGUUGUGGAUGAUGUCGCCUCCUGCUGUGGUCGGAUUGCAAUAUUACCAUGCGGCGUGUAUCUUCCUCACCACGUCUGAUGGCCAUUGGCGUGGACUGAAAGAUUAUGAACUAGCUCGAUCGCGACGAUUAGCUGAAAAAACAAUCGCCUCUCAUGUCGCCAUGGUAAUAGGGCUCUCGUCGUCGAAUGAAGCUGUUGAAAAUGCCAAUUUCAUGGCGUGCCAUUUACUGCAUCGGUUCGGACAUUGUCUGCGCAAUCCGGCGGAACAGCGGGGAUCGUUAAAGUUUCUGCAGCAGGUCGAGAAAAAGCUCGGUUGGCGAACGGCGUGGAUGGCACAGGAGUUGGAAAGGGAGUGGGCGGAACUACAGGAGUUGGACUCUUGGGAUAUUUAG